AUGCACAUCAUUGCCUUUAUUGCCAUCUUAACGCUGAGCAGCGUGGCUUCGGCUCACAGUCGUAUCACCAACUUUGUCAUCAACGGCGCCUCAUACAGUGGCUAUAAUGCAAAGAUCCCGAAUAAUCCCAAGCUUCUCGCAGCUUGGAAAACUACCGUCAGCGAUGACGGCUGGGUCAGCACUGAAAGCUACGGAAAGCCGAACCUCGUGUGCCAUCGCGAUGCAAGUAACCCCAUUGGCUACGUGCCCGUGUCGGCCGGCGAAACGAUUGAUAUACAAUGGCAAGGUUGGCCGGAGUCACACCACGGCCCUGUCUUGACCUACAUGGCAUUCUGUGGUUCGCAAAGGGGAUCCUGCGAGUCUGUCGACAAGACGAAGUUGGACUUCUUCGCCAUCGACAAGGUCGGGCUGAUCGACCCAAGCAAGAAUGCCACCGACUUUGCGACAGCUCGAGGGAUAUGGGCCAGUGAUGUUCUGAUUCAGAAUAAUGCGAGCUGGGUGGUCCAAAUCCCGUCCAAGAUCGCCGCGGGAUACUAUGUUCUCCGGCAUGAGAUCAUUGCCCUCCACUUUGCCAGAUAUCCUGGACAGGGCGCACAGCAUUAUCCGCAGUGCAUCAACAUCCAGGUCACCGGAGGCGGAGUUGACAUUCCGGCCGGAAUUUCGGGAGCAAAAUUGUAUGAAGCAGCCGAAGAAGGUCUGGUGUACGACAUUUCACAAAGCCCGCUUCCGCCGUACAAGAUCCCGGGGCCAACGGUCUACAGUGGAGCCAAGACAUUUGCUGCACAGACAGGAGCAAAGGUGUUAUCGUCUGCCACGGCAAUCCCUGGUGUGCCGGAUGGAGCGAGAGCUGACGGAACGGCGGUUGGGCUUGUUGAAACAAUGGAGACUUUGGCACCGGUGAAGGAUACUGGAGGCUUGUUUUGA